AUGGCCGCAGAGAAGCAUCGCAUGUUGUUCCAAGGCCAGGAUCCCGGCGAGGAUCUGCAGAAACGGCGACCCAUGUCCUUGUCGCCAUCGGAGCCGCCCACCUACGAUGAUGCCAUGCAAACGCUCUCGACUCUGGACAGUUUGGACCUCCACACCGGCCGUCGAAGAACCUUCUUCGCGGAGCCCCAGCAUCUGCGGUCCAGGGUGGAGGAGCUGCCGAUGCCCCAAGUGGAAGACGAGGCACUCCAAUCGGUGGGUUCAUCGGGCUGCAAUCACACUGUGCCACCUGUGAGAAAUUUCUUCAUGCUGAGCCCGCAACCCAAGCUGGGUAGCCAGGCGAUGGACAUCGUGUGUCCAGCUUGUGGUCAACGCGGAUUGAGUCGAUUGAAGAGGUCGCCAAAUGGGCGGACCCACCUAUGGGCGCUCUGCUUGUGCGCUUUUGGUUGGUGCUGCUGCGCUUGCUUGUGUCCGUAUCUAUGGAAUGGCUGCCGGACGACCUAUCAUUACUGCUCCGCCUGCGAGAUCUUCCUGGGCGCACAUUAUCCGCGGAGCUGCUGCCGGCGGCUGUAG